GGAAAAGAGAGAGAGAAAGAGAAAAACAAGAGAGAGAGAGAGACGAUGCAGUCAAGCCACACAAAAGAGAGAAAGUUGUAAGAUGCAACGCACAACCUCGCUUCGCCCAACCGAUGAUUCCAGGCACCAGCGAGUCGCGUGUGAGCAUGCGCAGGCAAGACUCCUAUGUUUAAAAAAAAAAAAUGUCCGCGGGAGUGGGGGCGAGUUAGGAUGCAAAUCAACUCCGCCUUCUCUUUGCCAAAGCAGCCAAUCAAGUCGGAGGAGGCGUGGCCGCCAACGCCGGCCCGGUCCGGAUACGAGUAGUAGGUUUUUUCCCCCCCCGCUUCCGGGAAAGACACGUGCGAAGCUGGCUUUAGCUAGGAUGUCCUCUAACAUCAAAUUUGUGCCGGGAGCAAUUAGCCCCCAAAAGUUCAACCAGGUAGGUAGCCAGGAGAUGAUGAAUGUUCCAAUUGUCAAAUGUCCCUAUACCGGAAGGGAUCUAAGUCAUAAUCUCGAUCAACUUUGUUGGGAUGACAAAGCUGGCACUCAGGACAAAAAGAAAAGCCGGAAGCACCAGCGCUACAUGAUGCGCAGAGCACUGGAGCAGAAUGGACACCUGGCCGCCAGAACACAGGAGAGAAAUCUCAUGGGGACCACAGAUGUCUCUGAAAUGGAUGGGUUGCAGGACUCAUCGUCCUGGGAAAACGGAAGUAGCCAGGUUCUGCAGAAGGAUGAGAUGACAACUCAGGAGACGUCUUCCAGAUAUGGUGAAGCUGUCUCCAUUUCCUCUGAGGAACUAGCCAAGCAGCCAUCAUCUUCCCAAGAUGUUCAGAACCUGCUAGCCUCCCCCAGAAGAAGGACUAGUCCUUUCCUGCAUCAGACACCGCAGAAAUCUGUGACGCGUGUGGCCAUUGACUGCGAAAUGGUAGGCACGGGUCCUUCUGGAAAGAUAAGCGAGUUGGCCCGCUGUACGGUGGUGAGCUAUGAUGGUGAUGUGAUCUAUGACAAAUACAUUCUUCCAGAAAGUCCAAUCGUAGAUUAUAGGACGCGCUGGAGUGGCAUCACCUGGAAGCACAUGAGAAAAGCAAUUUCUUUCAGGAUUGCGCAGGGUGAGAUCAUACAGAUCUUGAAGGAUAAAAUAGUUGUGGGCCAUGCUCUCCACAAUGAUUUCCGAGCCUUAAAAUACUUUCCCUCCCGAGCCUGGAGGCGUGAUACAAGCCAGUGUCCUCUGCUGAAGAAAAAGAUUGCAUCAACUCUGAAACCAAGCAUGUCUCUCAAGAGCCUCGCUCAUCAGCUGCUACACAAAAACAUUCAGGUUGGCAAACGCGGCCAUUCAUCUGUUGAAGAUGCUCAAGCGUCUAUGGAGCUUUACAGAUUGGUAGAGUUUCAAUGGGAGGAACUCCUGACGCCAGGUCACCCCACCGGCCCUUCAGACGGCACCCCGGACGGUGAUAGCGAUCAAAGUUGCUACCUGGAUGAUCAAUAUUGGCCCAAGGACCUUGACGUAGACUGCAAAUGAAGGUUCGGAAGGUUUUAGAAAGUUGGUAAAGACAUUACGCCGCUAAUUCUGAAGAGAGCAAGGAUUCGUGUCUUCAGCAUCAGUGAAACGAUGUUAUUUACACCUGUGUUCCUCAAAGGGUACAUGCCAAAGAAAACUGCGAGCCCAAAGUUAACUUUUUCAGUUUUGAACCUUGGAGAGUGGUGCCAGUCUUUUAAGCCUUUGAAGUUUGAGCUAAAGAAGCCUGGAGCUGUGUAGGAUCCAGUUUAUCCAGAAAAGCGGUUUCCUUUUUAGAAAGCACCCUUCUCCAUUCUUUUCUUGCUGAAUGAAUGAUGUAUGAGAAAAUGGCUGAAUCAGCUUAGACCUGGAGGGGAGGGAAGGAGGGAGGGAUCCUUUUCAACCUGAUCGAAUUUUACUCCAGGCCUAAUUUUAUCUGAUUGUAAUGCUUAGUGAAAACUUUAAGGCGAUGCAUAUCCAAUCUUAAUGCUGUGGAGUUGUGCAGAUGUCUACUCUCUCUCUCUCUCUCUCUGUGUGUGUGUGUGUGUGUGUAUGCAUAUACAAUCUUAAUGCUGAGGAGCUGUGCAGAUGUCUACUCUGUGUGUGUGUGUGUGUAUAAAUAUGAAUCCUAUAUAUAUAGGAAUGAUUUCACAUCCUGAAAUGUAACCAGAACCUUCCUGCAGGGAUAAUAGCUGCAAAAAGGUUGGGUCCUUAUCUCUAAUUGUGUUAGCGAUGGGCCGAUUUGCAUCUUUGGAAAGUUUCCCUGUUUAUGAGUACAUCCAAAGGGAGUUUUGGACCACUUAGGGCAAAACAUUUGAUAUCUUUCUGCAGCAAAUAAGGACUGCUUGGAAUAGUAGAACUGUGCCCAGCUUGAGUUGUUGCGAAUUCCAGUUGAAGGAUUAGAUGCUAAACACACACACACACAUAUACAUAUACGAAGAUGGGGGGAGGGAACCCCACAGAUGUUCAAAGCUAAACUAGGCUGUCCAGAAUAUUAAACAGAAGCAGGAAUUAGCCACCUCUAAAGACAAGUAUGAGUUAAGGAGAAAGUGCCUCUCUUGUUCCAUCAUGCUGUUCUUCCACUGAAAUCUAAAGCUAGAACGAACAGUCCGCUUCACUGCUUUGAUGGUUGCUCGUGACUUGGUGUUCAAAUGGAAACGCUUUCCCAGAAGUCUCUGGUGCUGACAUCUGAUUGGUUCAAAGCUCUCUUUGUUACUCAAAUAGAAAUGGGAAAUCUAUGCUUUAGGACAGGGGUCAGCAACCUUAAACACUCAAAAGAGCCAAAAGGUCCUAACCGGAAGCCCCCCGUUCAAUUCUGGAGCCAAGCCGAAGUCCAGUUCCCCCACCAUAGAGUCUUCUCCUAGCGCGGCGUCCUUUGUCCUCUACCUGACCUAAUCGAAAGCGCUCGUCAAUUCUGGAACUGACUGGAAAACUCACACCUUGCCAUAGUGUCCUCCUGGCGUGCAGUGUUUCCCCCCUCCCCCAACCAGAAGUUCCUCUCAGAAUUGUGGCGCCGACCAGCAACAGGGAGCUGCAGCAGAGGGAUGAAAAAGCCACAUGUGGCUCUGGAGCCCCGGGUUGCCGACCCCUACUUUAGAAUUACAGUCCCCAGCAUUCCAAACAUUUGGCAGAUAUUGCAUAAGAGUUCUGAGGUUGAUCGUUUAUUUGAGAGGGGGAUGUUUGUGUGUGUGUGCUCUGUCUUAGUGUGAUUUCUUUACCUGAAACUGGAUUGGUGGCUAAUAAUUAAAUUUCUUUCAUGUGCCCAUACGCCUUUAAAUAAACUGCACUAUAAUCACUGUUUCCACAUAACACUGUGUGCACAUCAAAAGUUGUCGGAGCUAAACCACUGGCCACUUUGUACUGCAUGGCGGGGAGGAUACAAAAUUUCUUGAAAGAGUGCCAUUGUUUUGCAAAGUACUCCAUUGGAAAUAUUUAUUUGAAUUCUGUCCCAAAUUUCCCACUCUUUAUAUGUUGGUAUGAGGAUUGACAGGGCUUUAAUGCCCUUAUUAUUAUUUUUAAAGCUUCAUCUUGGUUGUCUUUGAACUUUGAAUGUCUUCUUUGGUAUCUUUUUAUGCAUGAAGUAUUCACCCAUAAGCUUCUCCCAGCUGGAUUCUGAAAUUUUGGAGCCCAUAAACAAGCUUACCUCCUUUGCUUACGCUUGUGUAAACUAAAGCCUUAAGUCAUGGAGUGGAAGGUUCAGAGGUCUUCUUGAGAUAUCUAGAACUAUGGUUCAAAAAUACCAACUGCUCACAUGAAUACUUUACUAAUACUAAACAUUGCACAUCUUAUUCAUAUUUUUAUCUAUAUAAGUCUGUGCUAGUCAUAAUAAAUUGGUAGCUCAAGACCAUAAUGGGAUUCUGUUCUCCAAUCUCAAGCCCAGUUCCAAGUUGAACUAUAUCACCUUCAUUAUUACCAACCUCGACACAGAAUGGUACUACGUUUUGCAGGUUCUCCCUCCUGAUCAAAGGUGUGCACACACACACAAAAAUUAAGACCAGUGUUCUCCUGCCCUUCAACUAUCUUAAUUCAGGAUGAGGGGUCAUUAGUUGAAAAGAUAGUAUCCCUGUACUUAAAAGUGCCUGGGAAAUUAUGACUUAAAUUCUGUGAAGAGAGGAUACUGUCUAUAAGCAAGGAUGCAAUGGGUAUCUCUGUGGCAGUGGUGAAAUCACCUUCGCUAGCAGUUUGGGAAUGGGAGCGUGCAAUGCGAGUGGGCGCCUCUUCUGCACAUGCACAGAACCUGCACAUGGGCGGACCUCCUGCUGCUGGUGCUACGGGUUCAACGAGCUGGAUUGAACCGGGGGGGGGGGGGAAAGGAUUUCACCACUACUCUUUGGAGAUUCUCAGUCAUCCUGGUUUGUCCCAAAUAUGCUUUUCAAACAGCAACUGGACUUCCUUUGUUUUUCCAUGAGGAGGUUUCGCUUCUCACCUCAGAAGCUUCUUCAGAUCUGACUGAAUUCCCUCUCCAUUCUUCAGAACUGAAGAAGCGUCUUGGACGAGACGCGAAACGUCAUCGAGGAAAAACGGAAGAAAGUCCCGUUGACGUUCGAAAAAGCAUCUUUGGGUAGGAAAAUGGCUUCUCUUCAUCUCAAUGUUGCAGGACUCGGGUGAUUUGAAUUACAAAUGUGAUUCAUUGGUUCUAGAGGCCUUUAUAUCCCAAUUGCCCAAAAUGGGCUGAAGAUUCGGAAUAGUAUAAGAUUGCCGAGGCCUUUAAUUCAGGAGUAGUAUAAAGACUGGGCGUGGACGUGAUCUGAACCUGUCAUUGCUGCAAAGAUUGCCGAGGCCUUUAAUUCAGGAGUAGUAUAAAGACUGGGCGUGGACGUGAUCUGAACCUGUCAUUGCUGCAAAGUUGCAAUCAAUAUAUUUUGAAUACUGGGGUGAUUUUGAUCUUCGUGUGUUGCUGUUUUUUUCAUCUGUUUAAGGGAAGGUUAAUGAUGUCUUUUAUGAAACAAAUAGGGAGAGUCCUGCAGUGUUAGCUUUUGAAUAAUAAGAUGGAUUUGUGCAAUACAGAGCAUUCUCGAAGCUGCAAAGGAGCCUCCGCAUUUUUGUCACUAUUAUUGCUUGGCAGGGUAUUAUAUGUAUUCCAACCGGUCCGGUAAUGGUUCAAGGCUGCAAGCACAUACAGUAUAUGACUGCCCCACCAGCUUUGUGUCAAAGGAUGACCUUGAACAUACCAGUAAUAAAUAAUGU